UGAACCGGCCGGUUCGUUCAUAAACCCUCACCUGAGAGAAACUCAGACGCCUACCCAAUAGGCUAAAACCUCUGAAAUCUAGAGAGAGAUAGAGAGGGCACCAUGUCUGGGGGCAGAAUUAUUUCGCUUCUGAGGAGGAACAAAGCCCUCAAUCACAUAUCACAAUCGAGCCUGAAGAGAUCAUCGUCAUCUAGGGUUUUGAAUGAUGAAGCUUCAUCGCUAAACCCUUGUUACAGACUCUUUUCUUCUUCUUCUUCUUCUAAAGCUCAAUUGGUUCCAUUCCGCAGCAUUGGUUCGUUAACCGCGAGAAGCUCUAUCAUUUCUGGAUUUAGGUCUUUUGUCCAUAAUCAAAAGGGGUUUUAUACAAAAUAUCUGAGGAAUAUGUCCACCACAGCAUCUGCGUGUGCACAAGAUAAGGAGGGAUUGAAGCUUCUAGUGACUGCAGGGCCUCGUGCUCAAAAAAUGGUUGGCAUAUGGCUUUUCACAUCUGCUGCAUGGGUGUUUAGUAUGGUGGUACUUGGUGGUGUCACUCGGUUGACCCGAUCUGGUCUUUCAAUGACUGAUUGGAAAUUCACUGGUAGCCUUCCUCCUCUAUCAGAUGAGGACUGGUUGAUUGAGUUUGAGAAAUACAAACAAUCCCCCGAGUACAAGCGUAUAAACAAAGGGAUGAACAUUGAUGAUUUCAAGUUCAUAUACUGGAUGGAGUAUGCACAUCGAAUGUGGGGAAGGGCACUGGGAAUCAUGUUUGCGCUGCCAUUUUCAUACUUUCUUCGUAAGGGAUAUAUUACCCCACGACUUGGUCUUAGACUCUCUGCACUCUUUGCUCUUGGUGCUGGGCAGGGAUUAAUUGGUUGGUGGAUGGUAAAAAGUGGUUUGGAGGAACCUCCAUCUGAGUAUGCUCAACCAAGAGUAAGCCCUUACCGUCUUGCAGCUCACCUUACUUCGGCAUUUGCUAUUUACUGUGGGCUCUUUUGGACUGCUCUUUCUGUUGUUAUGCCUGAACCCCCUGCUGAAUCAGUAGCUUGGGUUCAUGGGGCGGCAAAGGUUAAGAGACUUGCCCUUCCAGUAGGCAUACUUGUCGGCAUCACUGCUGUCUCAGGAGCAUUUGUUGCGGGAAAUGAUGCGGGCCAUGCAUUUAAUACUUUUCCAAAGAUGGGUGAUAAAUGGAUUCCAGAUGAUAUUUUUAGCAUGAAGCCAAUUAUGCGAAACUUCUUUGAAAAUACGUCCACUGUGCAGCUUGAUCAUCGUAUCCUAGCAACUGCAACUUUAGUUUCAAUUGGUGGCUUAUGGUGGUCAACAAGGAAACUGGACAUACAUCCUGCUAUACGAUCUUUAAUUGGAAGCACCAUGGGAAUGGCUGCUCUUCAGGUCACUUUGGGAAUAUCAACUCUUCUAUCUUAUGUGCCUGUCUCGCUGGGCACUGCUCAUCAGGCUGGGGCUCUAACUCUUUUAACACUAAUGAUCCUGCUCAAUCACACUAUAAGAAGACCGUCAUUAUCACUCCUCAAAUCGCUGCCUUCAGUUGCAAAAAACCUGAUGGUCUGAACCUUGAGAUUAUGUGAUGAGCAUUAUUCUUACAUUUAUUUUUAAAUAUCCGAUAGCCAAGUUAAGAAAUAGCAGUUGAUCAGAGAUGUACUGUAGCUUGAACAGUGAUGUAACUAUAGCUGUGAAAUGCCAUUGAUUAAUUGUUAAUCCAAAGUCUGAUCAUUUUUUAGUGUUG